AGUAAAACAAGAGUGUGAAGUCAAAGCUUCCUCAUCGCAGUCGGCGCUGGUCGUCCUCUCCUGUGGGUGGGAAGUCGAAGUCGAAGUCGCACUGCAAGGUUCUUACCCUCGGAUCGAAGCUAAAACCCUCCCCAGAUCCCGGAAAGCCCCUCUCUAUUUCUCGAUCCUAAUUCAUAGAGAGAGAGAGAGAGAGGGGUUGGGAUGAUGGCGUCGGGCGAUGACGCGGCGUUCGGCAACGAAUCCGGGACCGGGAACGGGAGCUCCAUCCUGCCUGGAAUCGGAAGCAAAGGGAAGUACGAAAGGAUCGACGCCGAACUCGCCAACGAUCGGCCGACACGGGGAAGCGAAAGCAAGAGAUAUGUCUUCGUCUGUGCCGUUUUUGCUUCUCUGAAUUCUGUACUUCUCGGUUACGAUGUGGGUGUUAUGAGUGGAUGCAUUCUUUUCAUCCAAAAGGAUUUGCACAUAACAGAAGUUCAGCAAGAAGUUCUAGUUGGGUGUUUGAGCAUUAUUUCCCUUGUAGGUAGUUUAGCAGCUGGAAGAACCUCGGAUGCUAUUGGCCGGAAAUGGACCAUUUGUUUAGCUGCAAUUAUUUUUCAAACUGGUGCUGCUAUAAUGGCUUUUGCGCCAUCUUUCCGAGUGCUGAUCAUAGGCAGGCUUCUGGCUGGAGUCGGAAUAGGAUGUGGGGUCAUGGUUGCACCGGUUUAUAUUGCAGAGAUAUCUCCUACUGUCUCUCGAGGAUCAUUCACCUCUUUCCCUGAGAUUUUUAUAAAUCUUGGAAUCCUUCUUGGUUACAUUUCAAACUAUGCCUUCUCUGGUCUUUCAGAACAUAUAAGCUGGAGGAUAAUGCUUGGUAUCGGAAUUGUCCCAUCCGUUUUCAUUGGAUUCGCAUUGUUUAUAAUCCCCGAAUCUCCUAGAUGGUUGGUCAUGCAAAAAAAGGUAGAAGAAGCAAGAUCAGUGCUAAUGAGGAUCAGCGAGAGCGAGGAAGAAGUUGAGUGCAAAUUAGCUGAAAUAGAGGAAGCUGCUGGUGGUGUGAAGGGAGAGAAGUGUGAGGAAAAAGCUGUGUGGCUGGAGUUCCUGAGGCCCUCCCCUGCACUUCGUAGGAUGCUUAUCACCGGGUUUGGCAUACAGUGCUUCCAGCAAAUCAGUGGUAUUGAUGCAACUGUGUAUUACAGCCCAACCAUAUUUAGGGACGCAGGAAUCAGUUCUGACAGCAAACUUCUUGCUGCGACUGUUGCUGUUGGUUUUACUAAAACUACAUUCAUCUUGGUUGCGAUCCUCCUAAUUGACAGAGUUGGUAGAAAGCCUUUGCUAUAUGUUAGCACUGUUGGUAUGACCGUUUCCCUGUUUUGUUUGGGUCUAGCUCUUUCAUUGCUUGGACACGAGCUGGUUUCGCCUAGAGUAGGAAUUUUGGUCGCGAUAUUGGCUGUAUGCGGAAAUGUGGCAUUCUUUUCAGUGGGAUUAGGUCCCAUUUGUUGGGUAAUGAGCUCUGAAAUCUUCCCUUUAAGGCUGCGUGCUCAGGCAGCUGCAUUAGGAACUGUAGGGAAUAGAGUGAGCAGUGGUGUGGUUGCAAUGUCCUUCCUGUCGAUGUGUCGUGCCCUUUCUGUGGCUGGAACCUUCUUCAUUUUUUCAGCAAUUUCAGCAAUCUCGGUGGUUUUUAUGUAUAUGUAUGUUCCUGAAACCAAAGGCAAAUCUCUAGAGCAGAUCGAGUUGUUAUUUGAUAGCGGAAGGGAAUGGCAAAGAAUUGAGGUGGAACUUGGUGACAUGGAAGUUCUGGUGCAAAAGGAAUGAUCUGACCAGCAUCACUGGCGCAGUAUCUCACUCGAUGUCAUCAUCAUUAUUGCAAAAAAGUUUUAACUGGUUCAAUGAUUCUUUGUGAUCUUAGUCAUUUUUCUUAUCAUUAUAUAUCUUCCAACUUUCUGGUCACUGCAAGAUAUCCACCAGGCUUUGCAAUCCGAAGGAUUGAUCAAAAUGGGACUGUCAUGCUCCAAAGGCGGGGAGAAUGUUGUACAAGUGUGUAACUCUUUCUCAGAAAAAAAACUGACACUGCUAAUAUCUCUCAUCUAUACUGCCAAAUUCAUCAAGAUUUGUGUGACCUAGAAAAGUAGUAAAGAUAUUGUGAUAUGAUAUUCAUUUUCCUCGA